CCAGACUUCGUUGUUCCGACAUGUUGAAUGUUUCUGAAUACUGUACACAACCUCUCAAAAGAUGAAGCUCAAACGUUUUUUGUUGCGAUACUAUCCUCCAGGUAUUAUCUUGGAAUAUGAACAAGGAGGCAGUGUGAAGACCAAGUCUGUAGACCUGCUGGAUCUUAGACAAGAGACUGAUGUUGAUGUAGUGGUGGACGAGAUAAUGAGAAAGGAGCCCCUGGUUACUUCAACUAAAGCAGAACAAGUUCGAAAACUCAUUCUCCGUCUUCAGGAGAAGCUUUCUCACGCCGAUGACCAUCACUAUUAUCUCUUUAAGGUUUUGAGGGCCCAUAUACUUCCUCUCACAAAUGUAGCAUUUAACAAGUCUGGUUCGUGCUUUAUCACUGGAAGUUACGACCGAACGUGUAAAAUCUGGGACACUGCGUCUGGGGAGGAGCUUCACACACUGGAGGGACACCGAAAUGUUGUGUACGCCAUAGCCUUCAACAACCCUUAUGGAGAUAAAAUAGCCACAGGAUCGUUUGACAAGACCAGCAAAUUGUGGAGUGCCGAAACUGGCAAGUGCUAUUACACAUUCCGAGGCCAUACAGCCGAAAUUGUUUGUUUGGGAUUCAACCCGUCUAGUUCGGUUCUUGCGACUGGCAGUAUGGACACCACAGCCAAGCUCUGGGACGUUGAGACAGGGGUGGAGCUGCAAACGUUAAAUGGUCACUCUGCAGAGAUAAUCUCGUUAUCCUUCAAUUCGACUGGUUCCCAGUUCAUCACUGGAUCGUUUGACCACACGGUGUCCGUUUGGGAUGUCCGGUCUGGACAACGGAUCCACACAUUGAUUGGUCACAAGGCUGAAAUCAGCAGCGCUCAGUUCAACUGGGAUUCGUCUCUCAUCGCCACGGGAUCCAUGGACAAGACUUGCAAGAUCUGGGACACGAACUCAGGUCGGUGCAUCGGGACAUUGCUAGGUCACGAGGAUGAAGUUCUUGAUGUGGCAUUUGACUUCACGGGUCAGAAUCUGCUGACAGCCUCGGCGGACGCGACCGCUCGCUGUUACAAUGCCAAUACUCAUAACCUGAUAUGUAAGAUGGAAGGCCACGAAGGCGAGAUCUCCAAGGCGACAUUCAACCCACAAGGGACAUCGGUGCUGACCGCCAGCUCGGACAAGACUGCGCGACUGUGGGACUCUGAGAGUGGCAAGUGUAAGCAGGUUCUCGAGGGUCACACGGACGAGAUAUUCAGCUGUGCCUUCAACUACGAGGGCAACACCAUCAUCACAGGGAGCAAGGACAACACGUGUCGGAUUUGGAGGUGAAUUGUGCAAUAGUGAUGAGGGUUACUUUGUGCUAUACCCAUCAGCAAAUCAGAUUGUCAUCGGUUCCGAGGUUUUGGCAGAGAUGUUAUUCCACACAUGCCUUACAUGUACAGACAUUUGUAUCAGUCGCCCAAGGAAUAUAUGACAUUUAGUCAUCCCAAUAUAUUUAAAUAUUAUUUUGAUAGUCAUCAAUACCUUAAGGAAUGACUUUGUUUUUUGUCAGCCGUUCAUGCCUUAAGGAAUAUCAUUCUCUUGUGGAUUGUUUGUUUUAACCAGUCAUCAUAAUAUAUAUGCAAUUUGUAUUUUAUCAGUCAUAACUAACUAGCUUUUGUUGUACAGUAUGAAUGAAUCUGAAUUCGAGCCAAAAGAUGUACUGUGAAUUGUUUCUUCAUGCAUGAGGUUUUUUCAAAUGAGUUAUAUUGGUUUGUACUUUCAGUUUUAAUUGUGUGCUGCCAGUCUUGACAAACUAUAUUAUUUGCUAUAAACCAACUGAUUAGGGAUGGGUUGGGGUGGCAGUUUUGAUAGAAUUUAUUUUUGUUUUAUCUUUCUUCCACGACAGUAACACUGACAAAAGACUGACUGACCAACUGUCGAUAACUGUCACUACAAACAUUGCAAGUUUCAUUCUUCUACAGUGUGGAAAAAUAGGAGUUAAGAUUGACCUAAAUGUUUCCAGUUUUGUUUGUAUAGGUAUGCUUGUGUGUCUGUAUCUGUGUUGUAUAUUAGAUGUUAAAUGUUAGAAUGCUUAGAGAAGCUCAAAGGUCACAAGUUAAUAAUGAAGUCAUAAGGUUUGGGUGGAAGCUAGACACUUCAGUCUGACAAAGCAUAGCAGUUUAUUUUUUAAAUUAUAAUCAGGGCCUAUACAUGUAGGUUCAAAAAUGCCUUGCCAGAGUUUCAUUUUAGUGUAAAGGAGAAACUCUCUGUGUUUUGAUUUAAUAUAUGAAAUGCUUACAUGUUGAUAUCAGUUCCAACCAGCAGGUGUCUGAUAUAUGCCACAUUGAAAUUGUACGAGGUCAUUUCAAUGAAUGAUGUCAUGUGUCAUCUGUACUGUUUUUAAACAGAUGCGGUCACAUGCAUGCAUAUCAAACACAUACUGAUCGAUGAAAUGACAUUCGUCUAACAAUCUCGAAAAAUAUAUCCAAUUUUGUCUUUUAUUUUCAUAUUAUCCUUCUUUUGGUGGUUGGUGGGGAAAUACAUGUACAUGUGAUGAGUUACGCAUAGCUGUAUAAUUAGAUAAUAAAUAAAAUUGCUUCCUUUUCAGAUUUUUCUAAAAUGUUAAAUGAGGUACGAGGACUCGUCUCAAGCCUCAGUGUAUGAAAGGAAAGAUACCAUAUUUUGUGGACUACAAGCACCCUUGAAUAACUCGCACCCCUGUGUUAUAACACAUUCUAAGGUUGCACAUAUCUAUUUCAUUACCAACUGACCAAAAAAUUAUUCAAAAACCGCAUGUUGUUUGUAUAUGUGUAGAUAUAACUACAUGUAUAUGACAGAAUUACCAAAUGUUUGACAUCCAAUUGCCGAUGAUUAAUAAAUUAGUGUGCUGUAGUGGUGUCGUUAAACAAAACAAACUUUGUCGUCUUGUUCCGAUUUGAGAAGAAAAUAGCAGGUGUAUAUUCCGCAAAAUACGGUACAUUGCAUCACAUUGUGCGACAGGUGACUUAAACACGACUUGCAGAUAAAACUGCACUUACAGACAAAAUAAUUAUUUUAUAUAAAUAUAUAUUGCUUAAUACAUAUCUAUGAUGAUUUCAGUAUUAUUAUCAUGCCAAAUGUAAGACAUACAUUGUAUAACACAUGUCACUAAUUCAUUUGUUAGUUUACUUCUCUCUUUUUUUCAGUAACUGUUUUUUAUUUUUACCAGUUACAUUUUUUGUUUUAACCCAGUGGUGAUCAUUACCGUGUGUUUAAAACAAUGCAGCAAAACAUUCAGACUGGUGUAUUACCCAAAUGUUGCCCGCUUUAUAUUGCCGUACAUUCCAGCUUGUGAUUUUGUCAUAACAUUACGUUUAUACUUACAUGUUAACAGUUAUUUAUUAGUUAAAUUUUUACAUUUUAAUCAUUGUGUGCCUGCAUGGUCUAAUUUUUUAUUUGUAUGAAGAGCUGUGCAUCUAAUAUUCACAACUAUAUAUUUAUUUAAUAUUUAUAAAAUCUAUUUAUACAUCGGUGAAAAGAGUUUUUCCGUCCAGUUAAUAUAUACAGGUAGGUUCUUUUAAAAUGAAAUAAGCAGACGGGAAAAAUGUUGGCCUAGCAAGCUGUUUAAUGUAAAAUACAUAAACAUGCUUACACGCUUGUAGUGUAUUUCCAGAAUGCGAUACCCAUCUUAAACAUACAUGCAAGACCUCGAACAAUCUUUGAAAUGCGGAAAAGGUAAUUUUUCAGCAUUUCCUAUAAAAUACUAUCUACAAAUGUGUCAUUUCACACACACAGAAAAAAAGCUGAAAUCAGUGUAAAAAUCACUUGUAUCAGAGGUUCAGUGUAUUACCAAAAUAAAAGUAUUAAUAUUUUCAAAAAAAAUUGUCAUUUUCGUUUACAGUUAAUUAAAAAGGAAAACAAAAAAAAAACUGAAACAGGAGAAAAUACCUGUUGCUUUUCAUUCAUUGGACUGAUGGUGUGAGAUGUGUUGCUAUCCAGAACAUUUGUUUUUUUUUUUUCAAUUUGUAUACCAGUAUUUACCUGUGAGUUUUCACCAGUCCCCAUAUCUCAUCAGAUUGGGAAAAUCAGCAUGAGUAAAUCAUACUUGCGAUAUGUUUACGAUCCAAUGAAUGAUGCAGUACACCACUGUUAAAUUAAUUUAUUAGGUCAGGUCAGGUCAGAGGGCUUUACAUGCACCUUCAGAGCAAGCUGUUGUAGUGCACGCCUGUCUUGGGCACAAGAGCCGGCCGAGCGUCCAGGACAGGAAAGGGGUGGGGGGGUGUUAAUGGUGCUAUGGAAUUUUGAAUGGGAGCAAGAAUUAUACAGAAGAGAAAACGUGUGCAAGUUUGAUUGAGGAAUUUUGAACGGUUGGUCGAAAAGAAAGUUCCGGAGCUAAUAUAGGUUUUGACAUUAGUGAAUCGAGAGUACAACAGACCUAAUUAAAUACUAGUACAUUAAAAAUUCCUAAUAUAUAUAUAUUGGGAAUUUUUAACAUACAGGGUACAUUCAUGUACGUCUAAAUGCAUGAUACUUUCUUUUCAGUGUUUAUUUGGACUGCAUACAUGUCUUCGUUGUCUUGUUUUGCAUAAAGAAAUAAAAAUCAAUAUUAAUUUUUUUUUUUUUUUUACUUAAGAAUUUCGUCUCAUAAUCUUCAUUAUUUUGUUUGUUUGUUUGAAGUAUAUACAUUAUACUUGUUCACUUAAAAUUUAAAACUUUCCGUCCUUUUCAUUUCGUGUUUGAAUGUGCAUUUUACUUUACAAUUGUGUUUCUUUUACCUUUCCGUCCAUUUCAUUUGAUCAACAGUAUUUUUUGUUUACUUGCUUCUUUACAUGUUGUUACAUUAUUAUAAAACAAAAUAAAUUGGGUUUAUAUGGUUAUAUACGUCCAAGUUUACCAUUGAUAAGACUUUCUCUAAAUUUUAAUCCGUUUUGCAACCACUGGCAUUUUUAAAAGACAUAACAGAUUUGUUAGUGCAGAUAUAUUCAGCGUUUGCAUGUGAAGACAGACAUUCAUUGUGAUUUAGCAGGUUUAACAGGUCUUAUUUUGUUGCAUAUGAAAAUGUCAGUGGUUGUAAAAGAAACAUUAGAUUUUUAUUUUUCACUAUUUUGGAUUUUUUACUAGUUUACAUGUAUGUUGAGCUCUAUUUAAGUGUAUAUUAAAAACUGGUUUGGUUAUAUAAAUUAGUUCUCUAUAUUUAAGUAAUGUUAUUUGGGUUUGGGUUUUUUCAAACAAAUUGUGGUAUAAAAAACCUUGUAUAAAGUAGACCUAUGAUUGUUAUUAAUGUUAACAUACAGAUUCCUGAAGUAUUGACUCAAGUUUCAUAAUCAUUUUGUAUAUUUGGUAAUUUAUGGGUAAAUACAUAUCGGUAAUUAUUAUUAUUAUUACUUUUUUUGACACUAAUUAGACACUAAAAACACACCCAAGAAUCACAUUUUCUCUAUGGUUAAAAAAACAAAGAGCUGGGUCCCAUUCCAUGAAGCGAUCUUAGCCCUAAGAUUACCGUAGACACAUAGCUACCCUAUGCACACUUAAGUUGAUCUUAGAGCUAAGAUCGCUUCGUGGAACUGGGGCCCUGGAAAUUACCAUUUUGUUCUGCUCAGUGCCAAAAAGUUGCAUUCGAGGUCAUCCAGAGAUAAAAAUAGUGAAAUAUACUUCCUGUGAGCCUAUAUAUUACAUUGAACAUUUUGAAGAUUUUCAGGAUGAUUUACAAAGUGAUUGCAUUGGAUAAUUUACUGUUCAUUGUGUUGUGCAAGUAUUUUCAGUGGAUCUGUACCACACUGUGUUAUACAUGUGUUAACAUUCCUACAAACAGUUGUUCUUUACAACUUAUUUUCUUGUGUUUUAAAUAAAAGCUUUGUUCAUGA